CACGCACUCACACACACAAACACGCACACACCUCCUCUCCAUCAGUCCCGAUCAGCAGCAGCAGCAGCAGCAGCCUCUCCGCAGACAUGGAGAGCUGGUAAAGGUGCAGCAGCAGCGGCGGCUCCCCCCUCCUCUCCUCCGGUGGAUGCUGGAUGUACCAUGAGGUCUCCGCGGCUCUGGGCGGCUCUGUGCCUCCUCCUCACCGCCUCCUGCCGGCUCUGCGCGGCCGCCCGACACGGCUGCUUGUUUGAGAAGAAGCUCUGUCCCAGAGAUCAGCUGUGCAACGAUGACGGUUUGUUCGGACAGUGCCGGGCUCCUCAGCGGGAGCCGGUCCAGUACCAGGUGUCUGUGCCCGUCCUGCACAAACUGCAGGAAGUCCUCAAAGACCUGAUGGUGCAGGGUCUGACGUGGAGGGACGACGUGACCCAGGCGAUCAUCAGCCGCGAGCUGAGUCGUGUUCCCACCAUCAGCUCCUCCUCCACGCUUCAUGAGAGGACGCCCAAACAGCCCUCCAGACUGCCCGGUCAGCGUCGGGUCCAGGGGCCCGAGGAUCCGGCGGACCCCGAGACGAUGCAGCAGUAUGUGGACUACAUGAUCCUGGAUCCCUCCCGAUCCUCCGUCCACAUGCAGACGCCGCUGCUGGACCCCUACACCUACCACCAGCAGCAGUACGGCUACCAGGAGGAGGAGGAGCGCUCCCUCAACUCUCUGGACGAUAAUCCAGCCUUCCCGCCAUUCGCCUCGCCCUCUCGCUCCAGAUCCAGAGGAACUCUGGACCGAGACCGUCAGAUUCUCCAGGACCUGGUGUCCUUUUACCUCACCUCCCCGUCCUCCUCUUCCUCCUCCUCCUCCUCCUCCUCCUCCUCCUCACCUGUGCAGUCCCUCUCCCGCCACAGGGGAGCAGCUGCAGCUUUCCCCUCUUCACUGUCUUCCUCAUCCUCCUCCUCCUCAUCCUCCUCUUUCUUCCCCGAGCUGGACUUCCCUCUGGACUACGGUGAGGACUACGUUUCCCAGAUGUCCCAGCUCAGCAAACAGAAACAGCAGCAGGAGCAGCAGGAGCAGGCGGAGAAGAAGGCACAGAGGGAACACAACGCCCUGUCAGGGCUGGACGAGCGCUCUCUGCAGAGACUGGCUCUGCUGCUCGAUCACUACGGCCUCGACAUCAAGGACUUGUCCCCCGAGCAGAAAGACAACGUGCCGGCGGCUCUGAAGCAGCUGCAGCUGGACAACUCCUACGCCCACAAACAGACUAAAGAUAAAUACGGAAACGACGCUGCCGCAGGAACGAAGAUCUCAGAGGGUUCAGUGGCGUACAAGAUGGCCGCUCCCGAGGCCCCGCCCUCCACCAUCAAGGCCCCAAAAGCGGAGGGGCCCCAGAAACAGACGACUCCCUCUGUGACAUCCAGCCACGACAAACUGGGGAAGAAGGAACCGGCGGCCAAGGCGGAGGGAUACGGCUACAUCGACACCAACCAGAGCCCCCUCAGUCUGAAGGACGGGGUGCGUCUGCUGCAGCUGCUGUCAGAGCGGAUCGGCGUCUCCACCGGCUCCUUCAUCAACAUCAGUGUUGUCGGACCCGCCAUCGCCUUCAGGAUCAGGCCGAACUCCAAGAACCUGACGGCCGGAGACGUGGCAGAGGCGGCAGUUGCAGAGAAGAACUUCCUGGAGUCGGAGACGGGCCUGAAGGUGCUGCAGAGCGGCGUUGGAGAGAGGAAUGAUGGGAAAUCUUUGCCCCUGGCGACCCGAGUCCAGCCCGGCUCCCGCUGGCUGUUUGCCACUCUGGUGGCCAUGGCGUGCAUCGGCGGCAUCCUGGUGGCAGCCAUGACCAUCGCCUGCCUGCGUCACCACGCUCACCGCCUGGCAGCGAAGAAGCUGGGCCUGGGACCGGAGGGAGGCGGCUUCAGCCACCAGGAGUACCAGGACCUGUGUCGCCAGCACAUGGCCUCCAAAGGCGCCUUCGGACGCCUGGAAGCCGCCGCCCUGGGCGCCGUGGGAGGAGGGAGCGGAGGUGGUGGAGGUGGAGGAGGGGCUGCUGGCGUUGGGGGAGCGGGAGCGGCAGGAGGCGGAGGUGCGGACUCCAGGGUGAGCAGCGUGUCGUCCCAGUUCAGCGACGGAGCCCAGCCCAGUCCCAGCUCCCACAGCAGCACGCCGUCAUGGUGCGAGGAGCCGGCGCAGGCCAACAUGGACAUCUCCACCGGUCACAUGAUACUGGCGUACAUGGAGGAUCACCUGAGGAACAAGGGCCGUCUGAUGAAGGAGUGGGAGGCUCUGUGUUCCUACCAGGCGGAGCCCAGCGUCGUCUCUGUGGCUCAGAGCGACGCCAACGCCAAGAAGAACCGCUGUCCCGACUCUGUGCCCUACGAUCACUCCAGGGUGAAGCUGAAAGCCGAGAUCAACCCUUCACGCUCUGACUACAUCAACGCCAGCACCAUAAUCGAGCAUGAUCCCCGGAUGCCGGCCUACAUCGCCACCCAGGGUCCUCUGUCCCACACCAUCUCUGACUUCUGGCAGAUGGUCUGGGAGAACGGCUGCACCGUGAUCGUGAUGAUGACGGCUCUGGUGGAGGACGGAGAGAAACAGUGUGACCGCUACUGGCCCGACGAAGGCUCCUCCCUCUACCACAUCUAUGAGGUGAACCUGGUGUCUGAGCACAUCUGGUGUAACGACUUCCUGGUGAGGAGUUUCUACCUGAAGAACGUGCAGACGCAGGAGACCAGGACGCUCACUCAGUUCCACUUCCUCAGCUGGCCGGCUCAGGGCAUCCCCACCUCCACACGCCCCCUGCUGGACUUCCGCAGGAAGGUGAAUAAGUGCUACAGAGGACGCUCCUGCCCCAUCAUCGUGCACUGCAGCGACGGCACAGGCCGGACUGGGACUUACAUCCUGAUCGACAUGGUUCUGAAUCGCAUGGCUAAAGGUGUGAAAGAGAUCGACAUCGCCGCGACACUCGAGCACGUGCGCGACCAGAGGCCUGGGAUGGUUCGCACUAAGGACCAGUUUGAGUUUGCGCUGACCGCUGUCGCAGAGGAAGUCAACGCCAUCCUGAAAGCUCUGCCCCAGUGAAACCAGUUAGACCCAGACCCGCCCACUCUGCCCCCCCCCCCCCCCCACUCUGCCCCCCCCCCCCACCGACUCUCGCACUCAGAUUUACCUUUGCUUUCCUCUCUAUGAUGAUGAUGAUUGUCAUGAUCUGUCUGUCCGGUGAUGCCUUGAAUCGUAACAUAACGACUUUAAGGUUUGGAAGGAUUCACACAGACAGUUUAUCUGAUUUCUAAGUGUUUUGUGGUGCAGCUGUGAUGUGUUCAGGGACAAUCAGAGAAUUAAAAAAAUGAAGCUGUUCUAACAACACGCAUUAAAACAAAGAGGCAAUGAAGCUGCCUGUCCCAAAAACUAAUAUUUCCAGCUUCAUUUGUGAGACUUUAAAGAUCACUGGUUAAGAAUCUGAAGGGAUGAAGUUGGAUUAUGCUCGUUUCCACAUCUGUAGCUUCCCUCCCUCCUCACACGACUAACACACUGCGUCCUUCUCUUUGUGCCAUUCAGAUCAUUUGAAGUGGAUAGAUCGUUGUUUACCUCAUGCAAGUCAGAAAAUGAAAUAAAAAAAAAAAGAAAGAAAUGCUAUUCUAUGAAAAAAUAAAAGCUAUUUUGUAUCUGUGAGACCUUAAAUAAAUCUUUUUGUGUUUAAGUGCUGCAAUCA